AUGACCAAGAAAAGAAGAAAUAACAGUCAUGCCAAAAAAGUCCGAGGCCAUGUGCAGCCUAUUCGUUUCACCAGCUGCACCCGGUGCAUGCCCAAGGACAAGGCCAUUAAGAAGUUUGUCAUUCGAAACAUAGUAGAGGACACAACCAUUAGGGACAUCUCCGAAGCAAGUGUCUUUAAUGUCUAUGUGCUUCCCAAGCUGUAUAUGAAGCUGCAUUACUGUGUGAGCUGGGCCAUUCACAGCAAGAUAGUCAGGAAUCUUUCUGGUGAAGCCCGGAAGGACCAAACACCCCCACCCUGA